CCAAGACGAUAUUGACUGCAAUACAAUCAUGUUAGGUUCAGUGACUAGAACCUUGACAUGAAAACAACGUCAAAAUUAUAAAUUUAAAUAAUCACAAGUUGGAAUCUUUUUUUUUCCUUAAGGAUCACAGGCUAACAGGAAAAUAGCAAUGAAGGGGUGUGACAGAAAUCAACUAAUUUCACUGUUGUUUUUAAAGUGAAAGUUAUAAAAAAAAAAUCAGAUGACUGGAACAGUUUGUCGAGAUUUGAGAUUCCACACAAUAUCAAAUCAGUUUAGGAUUUUAGCAUUUUAUAGCAGGAAGAAUCCUAAAAAAUCAUCAUUCCUUCCUUCUACAGAAGAGUCAUCUGAAGUUGAAAGAGAGUAAGGGACCUGCUGAAGGUCAUUAAUUAAUAGUAGAGUCAAGGCUAGAACAUAGGUUUAUAACACCCACUCUGCAUACUUUUGAGCAUAGUUUUAUUUCUAAAUUUUUAUUUUCUUGAAUAUAUUUGUAGCCAUUAUAAUUAUUAUAUAUAACUUUUUGCCUACCUUUAUUUGGCCUUAUAAAAAUUAAACAUGAUAAGGAAGUAAAAGACAUUUUGUUUUGAUUUUGCAUAUUGCUAGUUUUUGUGUGUGUGGGGGAUUAUUUUGAGGGGAGAGUUGCCUAAUUUAGGGUACAGACAUGGAAAGUCAUCAUUGUAUGUUCAAAGAUUGGGGAUAGUGCAUAUGGUUAUAAUGUUUUGGGGAAAUUAAAAGAAACAACUUUUAAACUUAAUAUGAAAGCAACACAUUCUGUAGAAAUCAAGUGGGACAAAAAAAACCCACAUAAUAAAUAAUGCAUAAUGUAAAUUCUUGGGUAAGCUUUCCCAUCUACCCUACCCUUCACUUCUUCAUCUACUCCCACAGUCAACUAUGGUUAACUAUCUGUGGGGAAAUGUAAUAAUAGAACAAACUUUUUUUUUUUUGCCUGCUUUUUGUAUUUUUUUUUUUAAAUUUUUGCGGGGGGUUUCUAUGUAUUUUAACUUUUAUUAAAUUCAUUAGGCUGACAUUAGUUAAUAAAAUUACAUAGGUUUCAAGUGUACAAUUCUAUCAUCUGUUUGUUGCAUUGUAUGCCCAGCACCCAGAGUCAAAUCUUCCAUCAUCAUAUAUUUAACCUGAAAAGUAUGUCUUCAAUUGGAUCUAGAAGAGGAGGACUUAAGCGUCCGAUGGAGUUGUGAAUUUUUUUCUUUAGGCAGUGUAGCAUUUCCAGGAAUGUUGACAUGAGGACAUGGCAUAGCCAAAGCUACAUUUCCAAGAACACAGCAGUGACUAGAAUUGAGUGGAGCCAAGGACACCUGUGAAGGCAGGCUAUGGAGUUAACCUAGGUGGAGAGAUGGUGAAACCUGAACUUGGUUAAGGAGUGUGGUUUUUCAUGAGCCUUUUUAUGUUCAGUAUUUUGGUUCCCAUGUGUUGACUCAUACUCUGAAUUAUGUACAUGGAAAUUAGAAUUUACAGUAGAUGCUGCAAUGGUGGCUGUUUCCAAUGGCGAUUUGGUGGAGACAGUGUAUACCCAUGAUAUGAGGAAGAAGACCUUCCAUUACAUGCUUACCAUUCCAACAGCUGCGUCAAAUAUCGCCUUGGCCAUUGGACCUUUUGAAAUACUUGUAGAUCCAUAUAUGCAUGAGGUUACUCAUUUUUGUUUACCCCAACUUCUUCCAUUGCUUAAACAUACCACAUCAUAUCUUCAUGAAGUUUUUGAAUUUUAUGAAGAAAUUCUUACAUGUCGAUACCCAUACUCCUGCUUUAAGACUGUAUUCAUCGAUGAGGCUUAUGUUGAAGUGGCUGCUUAUGCUUCUAUGAGCAUUUUUAGCACAAAUCUAUUACACAGUGCCAUGAUUAUCGAUGAGACACCUUUGACUAGAAGGUGUUUAGCCCAGUCCUUGGCCCAGCAGUUUUUUGGAUGUUUCAUAUCUAGAAUGUCUUGGUCUGAUGAAUGGGUACUGAAGGGAAUUUCAGGCUAUAUUUAUGGACUUUGGAUGAAAAAAACUUUUGGAGUUAAUGAAUACCGCCAUUGGAUUAAAGAGGAGCUGGAUAAAAUCGUGGCGUAUGAGCUGAAAACUGGUGGAGUUUUACUACAUCCCAUAUUUGGUGGAGGAAAAGAGAAGGAUAAUCCAGCAUCCCAUCUAUACUUUUCAAUAAAGCAUCCACAUACGCUGUCUUGGGAGUACUACACUAUGUUCCAGUGUAAAGCUCACCUUGUAAUGAGAUUGAUUGAAAAUAGGAUCAGUAUGGAAUUUAUGCUACAAGUUUUCAAUAAACUGCUAAGUUUGGCUAGUACUGCUUCAUCUCAGAAGUUCCAGUCCCAUAUGUGGAGUCAAAUGUUGGUUUCCACGUUUGGGUUUUUGAAAUCCAUCUCGAAUGUCUCUGGCAAAGACAUUCAGCCUUUAAUAAAGCAGUGGGUAGACCAGAGUGGAGUGGUAAAAUUUUAUGGAAGUUUUGCAUUUAAUAGAAAACGAAAUGUCUUGGAAUUGGAAAUAAAACAAGAUUAUACAUCACCUGGAACUCAGAAAUAUGUGGGACCACUUAAAGUGACAGUGCAGGAGUUAGAUGGAUCCUUCAAUCAUACAUUGCAAAUUGAAGAAAACAGCCUUAAACAUGAUAUACCCUGCCAUUCCAAAAGCAGAAGGAAUAAGAAGAAGAAAAUUCCACUGAUGAAUGGAGAGGAAGUUGAUAUGGAUCUUUCUGCAAUGGAUGCUGAUUCCCCUUUGCUGUGGAUAAGGAUAGACCCCGAUAUGUCAGUCCUGAGGAAAGUAGAAUUUGAGCAAGCGGAUUUCAUGUGGCAGUACCAGCUCCGCUACGAGAGGGAUGUGGUUGCACAGCAAGAGUCCAUCUUGGCCUUGGAAAAGUUCCCCACACCAGCAUCGCGGCUUGCCCUCACUGACAUUCUAGAACAAGAGCAGUGUUUCUACCGAGUAAGAAUGUCAGCUUGCUUCUGCCUUGCAAAGAUUGCAAAUUCAAUGGUGAGCACAUGGACAGGACCACCAGCCAUGAAGUCACUCUUUACUAGAAUGUUUUGUUGUAAAACUUGUCCAAACAUUGUGAAAACAAACAACUUUAUGAGCUUUCAAAGUUAUUUUCUACAAAAGACUAUGCCAGUUGCAAUGGCUCUAUUGAGAGACGUUCACAACCUUUGUCCCAAAGAAGUCUUAACAUUUAUUUUAGACUUAAUCAAGUACAAUGACAACAGAAAAAAUAAGUUUUCAGAUAACUAUUAUCGUGCAGAAAUGAUUGAUGCCCUUGCCAACUCUGUUACACCUGCAGUCAGUGUGAAUAAUGAAGUUCGAACUUUAGAUAAUUUAAAUCCAGAUGUGCGACUCAUUCUUGAAGAAAUCACCAGGUUUUUGAAUAUGGAAAAACUUCUUCCAAGUUAUAGACACACCAUCACUGUGAGUUGUUUGAGAGCCAUACGAGUGCUUCAGAAGAAUGGUCAUGUUCCGAGCGAUCCAACUCUUUUUAAAUCCUACGCAGAAUAUGGCCACUUUGUGGACAUUAGGAUAGCAGCUCUGGAAGCAGUUGUUGAUUAUACUAAAGUGGACAGGAGUUAUGAAGAACUGCAGUGGCUCCUUAAUAUGAUUCAGAAUGACCCUGUACCCUAUGUAAGACAUAAGAUUCUACACAUGUUGACUAAGAACCCACCAUUUACUAAGAACAUGGAGUCUCCCUUAUGCAAUGAAGCCCUGGUAGAUCAACUUUGGAAACUUAUGAAUUCGGGUACUUCACAUGACUGGAGGCUACGGUGUGGUGCUGUGGACUUGUAUUUCACACUUUUUGGCCUCAGUAGACCUUCCUGCUUACCCUUGCCAGAGCUUGGGUUGGUUCUUAAUCUAAAAGAGAAAAAAGCUGUCUUGAAUCCAACCAUAAUUCCAGAGGUCAUCACAGGCAACCAAGAAACUGCAAUUAAUCCAAGUGGCCACGCACAGCUAGUUGGAUUUCAGAACCCUGAAGUUGAUCAUCUUGCCAAGGAAGCAUCAUGUAAUAUAUCAGCUCAUCAGCAGGGAGUGAAGAGGAAGUCUGAUACACCACUGGGGUCCCCACUAGAACCUGGUCAAAUACUGGAGAAGAAUGAGGAUAGCAGUAAAGUCAAACUCAAAAUCAGAUUUUCAAGUUCUCAAGAUGAAGAGGAGAUUGAUAUGGAUACUGUUCAUGACAGCCAGGCGUUCAUUUCUCAUCAUUUGAACAUGCUUGAAAGGCCGUCUACUCCAGGGCUCUCUAAAUAUCGGCCAGCUAGCUCGCGGGCUUUAAUGCCCCAGCAUUCACCAGGGGGUGAUGGCACACCUCUCACAAAGCCCCAGUGGGGGAUGGAACUUGCACGGAAGGGAACAGGAAUUCAUUUGGGUGUUUUUAAUCUUGAAGGUAAAGAGCAGUCACCUUUGGAGAUGAGUAUGCAUCCGGUUGCAACAGCCCCACUCUCGGUGUUUUCUAAGGAAUCGACGUCCUCCAAACACAGUGACCACCAUCACCACCACCACCAUGAGCACAAGAAGAAGAAGAAGAAGCACAAACAUAAGCAUAAGCACAAGCACAAGCAUGAGAGCAAAGAGAAGGACAAGGAGCCUUUCACCUUCUCCAGCCCCGCCAGCGGCAGGUCUAUUCGCUCUCCUUCUCUCUCCGACUGAGACCUUUGCCUCUGUCCGCAAGAGGUAUAACUGAAGCUCUGGCCUCUGUAAAGAACGAUAAAAGGAAAAAAAUUGCCUCUCAGAGAAAUUCAGAAUUCAUUUAAAUUCUAAAUAUUUGAUUUCUAUUAUUUACACAGUUGGGAUGUGAUAAGGAAAAUGUGUUUAUGUUCUGAAUAAACCAUUUCAUCCCAUUACCUCCUUAAAGCGUGCACACACACACGCACCCCACACACAGAGCAAACGCUUUUUCAUACAGGCCCUCGUAUCCACUGGCAGUCCCCAUUCACACCACGGACUCCAUGCGUGCUGCCACAAAGCAUGUUUGAAAGCCUUUGAUGGAUGUUAUCGAGCAAAGUUUUAAACAGAAGCUACUGCCAAGCCUGUGGUGGAACCACUGUUUCCAGUGACAGAUUACAUAACACCGUUUGGAACUACUGAAGAAAACAGAAGCUUUUCUAUAGGAGUCUCUCUAUUGCAUGUUUUUUUUGUGUGUGUGUGUGUGUUAACCGUAGAGCCUAAGCAUCAGAAUUUAUAAACAAGACUACAUGGUAUUUUCUUUUGCCCAAAAGUCCUGAAAUUUUUGGAAGCAGCUUUACAAAAAAAAAAAAAAAAGAAAGAAAGAAAGAAAAAAAAUUUAAAAACUCUUUUGAUAAUGCAUUUGGCAAUUAUGAUGGUGGAAUUUAACAGAACCAUCAGAUCCAGUUCUUAAAUCAAGAUGUUUAAAUUAUGUUAUUUUUUCAUUAAGUAUAAGUGAAUAUGUCCAUACUUAGAAUAUAUUUGCUAAAUGUGAACAAUUUACACACCCAACACAUUCUAAAGUUACUUCUCUGUGACACAAGCUAUGAUACGUUAAAAUGGUAUCAAUAGACUGUUUACUAACUUCAACAUAGACAAUUUGGCCUUCAUGUGAGUAUACACAGGCAUUUAAAAGACAUGAACAUUUUGGUUUUAUACUUCAGUAGUUUGUAUGUUUUUGUUUUUAUUUCUGAAUUUACCAUGUACUUUAUUGUUUAAAAAUUUUUAAUAUGGGUUGUAUUUUUAUCCUUUCCCUUAAGAAGUUUGGAAGAUACUUCUUCCCAGAAUAGAUAUUUCAAAGGGAUCCAAUAGUUAGACGUUUCAAUAUACUUUUAUUUGUAUUUAACUUGUUUAAUAAAUGACUUUUUAAAUGGAUCA